AUGGGCUUCGAGGCCCCGAUUACGAGGACUUGCUUUACCAACCAGGAUGACGGCCGCUCUCCGGGAUACUUGAAUAUGGGAUGCCCUUUGCAAAUUGGAGAGGGUACCUACUCGGAGACGAUUGUGGCUUGA